AUGGCCAAAGACGAUUGGCGUCUGUGUGUGGACUGGCUGAUCCGCUGUCAGUUGUUAGAUGAGGAUCACCAUUUAUCAAAAGCAGACGGGAAGUUGAUCGAGUUCGUUCAGUUGAUCAAAGAUGGCGUCCUGCUCUGUCACCUCCUCAAUCGCCUCAGUCCCGGGUCCACGGAUUCUAAGGAUUACAAUCAUCGGCCACAAAUGUCUCAAGUCUGUUGCUGUGUUGCAGUUGUAAUUUGUAUGUAUUGUAAUUGUAUAGUAUAG